AUGAUAACCAUGGGCUCUGCGUUUGUGAUUGGAGCGAGCGGUAUCGGAAGGGCGUGUGCGUUGGCGUUUGCACGCCGUGGCGUGGCCGGCCUGGUGGUGGCUGACGUGGAUCUGCAGGCUGCCGAAUACCUAGUUGCCGAAUGUAAGGCUGAGGCAGAGUCGGCCGGUACUGCAGACGCCCUAGGGUGUGCAGAGGCCACCAAGGUGGACGUUGCGGAUGAGAAUUCGGUCGAGUCUGCCGUGACUUUUGCGCGGCGUGUGCUAGGUAGGGUUGACUAUUGCGUCAACAGCGCGGGGAUUGGGGUGAAGCUGGCCAAAGAGGUCUCGGAAGCCAGCCCCGUGGAGUUUGAGACAAUGUUCCAGGUCAACGUCAGAGGUACCUUUCUCGUCACACGCGCCAUGUCGGCGCUGAUGAGGACGCAGGAUCCUGUGCCCGUCUUGCGCAACUCGCCGGGUAGGGGCGCCACGCGAGGUUGCAUUGUCAUCUUGGGAUCCGCAGCCGCGUUUGCUGCGACGCCCAACAUGAUCCAGUACACGACGGCCAAGCAUGCCGUGCUUGGUCUGACCAAGAGCGCGGCGCUCGACAACGCGGCUCAUGGCAUCCGUGUCAACAGCGUCUGCCCGUCGUGGGUCGACACCCCCAUGGUCCGCAGGGCUCUGCAGGACGUGCCAGAGCUGGAGCAGACGAUCCGAACCAGCGUGCCGAUGAGGCGGAUCGCCCUGGCCGAGGAGGUGGCCGAUGCCGUCAUGUUCUUCUGCAGCCCGGCCGCGAGCUAUGCGACUGGCUGCAACAUGAUUUUGGAUGGCGUCUUCCGACACAUCACCGGCAACGCCGACAAUGGCAAGUCGGUCUUUCUGCACUCGGACCAUGGUAAUCACCACCGAGUGAUUGGGGAGAAGCAGGCGGUCGCCAACAUCAUGUACUCGACGCAGGAGACGCCAGUCGAGUUGAAUGGCGACGUCGACGUCCAGAAAGCGCUUUCGCAAGAGCCUCCUUUCCACUACGCCUCAGGCUCCGUCUGCCGCAUGAUGGACUUUGCGCCGGGCGCCGCCUCUCCGCUCCACCGCGGGCUGACGAUCGACUACGGCGUCGUCAUCGAGGGCGUGUUCGAGCUGAGCCUCGACUCGGGCCAGAAGCGCAUCUUGCGGCAGGGCGACGUGGCCGUGCAGCGCGCCACGGCCCACGUUUGGAAGAACGUCACUGGCGGCGGCACCCUCCCCGGUCGCAUGCUGUGGGUCUUGCUGGACUGCAACGACGUCUAUGUCGGGGGUUCGGCGGCUACCGGAGAGGGCUCCAAGGUGACGGGGGACUUGGGUAGUUUGAAGAAGGAGUACGAGGGCAUCGGUUUGGGCUUGGCCAAAGGCUACCUCUCCCGGCCCAACCACAUCGUCAUAUGCAGCGUGCGCAGCGCCAAGACGGACGUGUCUGCCCUCGAAGCCGCGUCCAAGGCCGAGGGCUCCAAGCUCAUCGUGGUCUACAUUGAGAGCACCUCCAAGACGGACCCCACCCAGGCCGCAGCGGACGUGCAGGCCGCGGGCGUCCACCACCUCGACGUGCUGAUUGCCAACGCGGGCGGCAUGCCCGAGGGCAACAAGCCGCUGCUGGAGCUGGGCCCCGACGAGCUCUGCUGGUCCGUCCAGGUCAACGCGGCCGCGCCGCUGUUGGUGCUGCAGGCCUUCAGGCCGCUGCUGCAAAAGGCCGACUCGCCCCGCUUCGCCGUCAUCUCGUCCACCUCCGGGUCCAUCGAGUUCAUGAAGAACAUCUCGUCCUUCAUCUUCCCGGGCUACGGCGCCGCCAAGGCCACUCUCAACUGGCUCACAAUGGGUGUCCACCUGUCGCAGGAAUGGCUGACCACCCUCGUCAUUCAUCCCGGUCUUGUCCAGAGCGAGCCCGGAAACUGGGUGGCCAAACAGAUUGGAAUGGCCGAGGCCCCAACGACAAUUGAGCAGGCCGCUGAGGCCUCAGGCCCCAUCACAUCCUUUCCCGCCCAAGGCCUCCGCAAGCCGUCACGGUUCGUGACGGGCCACAACGCAGCCGGCGAGUCGGUGUUUGUGCGGUCCGACCAGGGCGAGCACCAAGCCGUCAUGCUCGACGGGCUGGGUGCGCAGAGCAUCUUCUACAGCUGCGCGUCCAACCCGGUGCAGGUCAACGGCGACGCGGACCUGGCGUACGCGGCCGCGAACCCGCCGCCGCUGCACGUGCCGGGCGGGGCGGUGGUGCGCAUGAUCGACUUUGCGCCCGGCAGCGAGUCCAACAUGCACCGGGCCGUCUGCCUCGGCAUCGGCACCGUGUGCGAGGGCGAGGUCGAGCUCAGCCUCGGCGGCAGCGGCGAGACCCGCGUCAUGCGGCCCGGCGACGUCUCCAUCAACCGCGGCGCCAUGCACCGCUGGCGCAACGUCUCGGCCGACAAGCCCGCCCGCAUGCUCUACGUGCUGCUCGACGUCGAGCCCAUCCUCGUGAACGGCAAGGCCCUGGAGUUUGAGAUGGGCCGCUUGAUGAAGGAGUAUUCCGAGUACAAGGAGGGCGAGGGCGACAACAAGAAGGUCUGA